CACGCUGGUGGAGUGUGUGUGCGCGCCUCAGUGUUUGGCUGUAGUGUCACAUCCCUGCACCUCGUGGUGGACCUUUUCUUUUUUUUUCUUCCUCAGUUGUGCGCGGAUCUACUCGCUGCGCGGCACCCGGACCGGCCAGUCGAGGGAUGGGAACGCCGGGCGCCUCACCAGGGGCAUUCCCUCCUCCGCUGAGCUUCGCGCUGCUGCUGCUGCUGUCCAUCUGGAAGGUCCAGGCACAAACCGCAGUGGACAGUAAACCUCUCUACGUCUGGCAAACAGGGCCAUGGGGUCGGUGUAUGGGCAACGAGUGUGGUCCCGGUGGAAGCCAGAGCAGGGCAGUGUGGUGCGCCCACUCUGAGGGCUGGACCACCCUCCAAACCAACUGCGACCAGAGCGAGCGCCCAGACAACCAGCAGAGCUGCUUUCGUGUGUGUGACUGGCACAAGGAACUAUACGACUGGCAGCUGGGUGCCUGGAAUCAGUGUGUACCUGUGUCCAUGCGCAGUGCUGGGGUACAGCGCCCGACUGUCUGCACACGGGGUGAGGAGGGCAUCCAGACCCGUGAGGUAGGCUGCGUUCAGAAAGCAGAUGGACAGCCGGCGGCGGAUGCCAUCUGCGAGUAUUUUGAGCCUAAACCACGCCUAGAGCAGGCCUGUCUCAUCCCCUGUCCUCAGGACUGUGUGGUGUCUGAGUUCAGCCCAUGGACUUCCUGUUCCAAAACCUGUGGUACCGGCCUGCAGAAUCGCAUCCGCUUUGUACUGGCUCCACCACUGUUUGGGGGUGCAGCAUGCCCAAAUCUGACAGAGUUCCAGACGUGCAAGCCAGGACCCUGUGAGGGAGAGGAGAGGCUCUACAGCCUCAGGGUGGGCUCCUGGGGGCCUUGCUCCGUCCCCCUUCCACGUCAAGCCAGACAAGCUGACAAACUACCUAGAGAGAGUAACAAGCCUUCUGAAGAGAGUGACAAACCAUCCACAGAGGGUGUCAAACAAUCCAGGCCAAACAGAAAAUCUGAUAAGCUGAAAAGAAAACCAGACAGGCCAUCCAGACAAGCUGACAGGCCUAAACGACAGAAAAAGGCUAAAAACAAGGAGAGGCGAGAAAAGAUGAGGGAGAAAGUCCGAGAGAGGAUAAGGGAAAAAGUGAAAGUGAAAGACCCGGACGCAAGAGAACUCAUUAAGAGGAAGAGAAACAGGAAUCGUCAAAACCGGCAAGGAGGCAAGGUGUGGGACCUGCAGGUGGGCUACCAGACCAGAGAAGUGACCUGUGUGCAUAAAAGUGGGAAUGCCGAAGCUCUCAGUCUGUGCUCUCAGGAAAGCCUGCCGGUGACCUACCAGGCCUGUGUGAUGGCCAAAGCCUGCGAGGUGAGCGAGUGGUCGGACUGGUCAACCUGCUCCAAGCAGUGCCACGACCUCAACGGGCCUAAAGGAGAGCGCUCCCGCACCAGACGAGUGAGCCAGUUCCCCAUCAGAGGGGAAGCCGAGUGUCCUGACCUGGAGGAGAGGGAGCCCUGCAGCCCACAGGCAGGCGAGGCUCCACUCUGUGUUGUGUACAGCUGGAAGGCCACAGAGUGGACCGAGUGCAGGGUGGACAUGCUGCUGAGCCAGCAGGACCGGCGGCGUGGGAAUCAGACGGGACUGUGUGGGGGCGGGAUUCAAAGCCGUGAGGUCUACUGUGUCCAGGCCAGCACGGACACACCCUCGAACCUAGGCUCCCUGAGGAGCAAAGAGGCGCUGCGUCCAGUAGACAGUGACCUGUGCCUGGGUAUACCCCCCAACACAACGCAGCUGUGCCACAUUACCUGUCCAGUUGAGUGCAAGGUGUCAUCUUGGAGUGCCUGGGGUCCCUGCACUUUUGAAAACUGCCAGGACCAGGCAGCCAAGAAAGGGUUCAAACUGAGAAAGAGGAAGAUCGUCAACGAGCCGACGGGUGGCACCGGGAAUUGCCCGCACCUGGUGGAGGCCAUACCAUGUGAAGACCCCAGCUGCUACGAAUGGCUGCUGGUGAAACUGGAGGAUUGCGUUCCGGAUAACGGGAAGCAGUGUGGACCAGGAACCCAGAUCCCACAUGCACAGUGCAUCAACAGUGAUGGUGAGUUUGUGGAGAAGCAGCUGUGCCGUGAUGCCAUCCUGCCCAUGCCAGCCAUCUGUGAGGUGCCAUGCCCCAAGGACUGCACGCUCAGCCCCUGGACAGCCUGGUCUCUGUGCUCCCACACCUGCUCUGGCAAGAACACAGAGGGCAGGCAGAUGAGGUCGCGCUCCAUCCUGGCCUACAACGCAGGAGAAGGUGGAAUCCAGUGCCCCAACGUCAGUGCUCUGCAGGAAGUGAGGAGCUGCAAUGACCACCCCUGUACUGUGUACCACUGGCAGACUGGUCCCUGGGGGCAGUGCAUAGAGGACGCAUCUAUCCCCGCCGCCAACACCUCUUUGGGACGAGCCAGGGGUGACGAUGCCUCCUGCUCAGUGGGCAUGCAGACACGGAAAAUCAUCUGCGUUCGGGUUAAUGUGGGCCAGGUGCCUCCCAAAAAGUGUCCAGAGAGCCUGCGACCAGACACAGUCAGGCCCUGCCUACUACCCUGCAAGAGAGACUGUAUCGUCACCCCGUACAGUGAAUGGAUCCCUUGUCCAUCAACAUGCCAAGCAGAUGGUAAAACAAAAACGAAGCAGUUCAGGAAACGCAUCAUUGUCCUGUUACCAACCAAUGGUGGCCAGGACUGUCCUGAGGUGCUCACACAGGAGAGAGACUGUGAGUCUUCGUCUGUCUGUCAAGGCUACAGGUGGAAAACUCACAAGUGGCGACGUUGCCAGCUGGUUCCUUGGUCCGUUCGCCAGGACAGUCCUGGGGCUCAAGAAAUGUGUGGAACUGGCCUACAGACUAGAGCCGUCUCAUGCCGGAAGCAGGAUGGUGGACAAGCCGACUUUGAGACUUGCCUUAAGUUUGCCAGCUCGAUGCCGUCUGUCAUCCAGGCCUGUCAACUCCCCUGUCAGGAAGACUGUCAGCUCACAAGCUGGUCCAAGUUCUCCUCUUGCACAGCCGACUGUGUGGGUGUCAGGACCCGGAAGAGGAUGUUAGUGGGUAAGAGCAAAAAGCGAGAUCAGUGUAAGAACAACCAGCUGUAUCCUUUGAGUGAGACCCAGUAUUGUCCCUGCAACAAAUACAAUGCCCAGCCUAUGGGCAACUGGUCGGACUGUAUCCUGCCUGAGGGGGGCCGAGUGGAGGGUCAGCUGGGCAUGAAGGUCCAAGGUGACAUCAAGGAGUGUGGCCAAGGCUACCGCUAUCAAGCCAUGGUGUGCUAUGACCAGGAUGACCGGAUGGUAGAGACCUCUCGCUGCAACAGUCAUGGGUAUAUUGAGGAGGCUUGCAUCAUACCCUGCCCCUCUGACUGCAAGCUAAGUGAAUGGUCCAACUGGUCACGCUGCAGCAAGUCCUGUGGCAGUGGGGUCAAAGUUCGCUCCAAGUGGCUCAGAGAGAAGCCCUACAAUGGAGGGCGUCCAUGCCCAAAGCUGGAUCAUGUUAACCAGGCUCAGGUAUACGAGGUGGUGCCGUGCCUCAGUGACUGUGGACAGUAUGUUUGGGUGGCAGAGCCCUGGAGUGUCUGGAAGGUCAGCAAUGUGGACCUGAAGGAAAACUGUGGUGAGGGGGUUCAGACGAGGAAGGUCAGGUGCAUGCUAAACACGAUUGAUGGGCCCUCAGACCAGGUGGAGGACUACUUGUGCGAUCCAGAGGAGAUGCCGCUGGGGGCACGGGACAGCCGACUACCCUGCCCUGAGGAUUGUGUCUUGUCAGACUGGGGAGCCUGGAGCUCGUGCCCGCUGCCAUGCAAUGCAAACAGCACUCGAGUAAGGACUGCGUACCCUAUCCGCCUACCCAGCGAGGGGAAGGAGUGUCCCGCCACGAAGGAGACCGAGCCUUGCAAACUCAACAGCAACUGUUUCCACUACUCUUAUAACAUAACCGACUGGAGUACCUGCCAGCUGAGUGACAGAGCCGUGUGUGGUAGUGGCAUCAAAACCCGCAUGCUCGACUGUGUGCGUAGCGAUAGCAAAUCUGUGGACAUCAAGUUCUGUGAAGAGCUGGGCCUGGAGAGGAAGUGGCAGAUGAACGCCUCCUGCGUUGUUGAAUGCCCAGUCAACUGCCAGCUGUCUGACUGGUCAGCAUGGUCUGCAUGCACACACAGCUGUGGUCUUGCAGGCAAGCUGUGGCGCAGGCGAACAGUGAUCCAGGCUGCUCAAGGGGACGGAAGGCCAUGCCCAUCUCAGAUGCAGCAGUGGAAGCCCUGCCCUGUCAAGCCUUGUUAUAGCUGGCACUACAGCUCCUGGUCUGAAUGCAAGUCUGAGGGGGCGAGAUGUGGAGAGGGCCUGCGCUUUCGAAACGUGUCCUGCUUUGUAUCUGAUGGGUCGCGUCAGGGGAAGAGCAGCCUGGUGGAUGAUGAACUUUGUGGUGACCUGGAGCCCUCUGUUGAUGGAGACAAACAGAUCACCCUUCAGGAGCCCUGCAUCGUCCCCUGUCCGGGGGAGUGUUAUCUGACGGACUGGACUGUGUGGAGCCCGUGCCAGCUGAGCUGUAUCGGCGGGGAUGACUUGGGCUUCGGCUCGGUCCAGGUGCGAUCCAGAGCAGUGCUGGCUCAGGAGCCCGAGAAUCUGCUGCAGUGUCCAGAGCAAGAGUGGGAGGCCCGGCCAUGCACAGAGGGCCAGUGCUUUGAAUACAAGUGGAGGACCGGGCUGUGGAAAAGCUCAUCUCGCCAGGUGUGGUGCCAGCGCUCAGAUGAACUAAAUGUCACAGGUGGAUGCCCAGUGACGACCAAGCCAAUGGCUGACCGGUCCUGUGACCCGCCCUGCGACAAGCCACGUUCCUUCUGCACAGAGGCGGGGGUGUGUGGCUGUGAGGAGGGCUACACAGAGGUCAUGACGUCAGAUGGCCUGCUGGACCAGUGUACCGUCAUCCCUGUGUUGGAGAUCCCCACAGCAGGCGACAGCAAGGCAGACGUCAAGACCAUCCGGGCCUUCAACCCCACCCAACCUGCAGCUAGCCCACCGGGCAGGGCCGGACGCACGUGGUUUCUGCAGCCCUUCGGUCCAGAUGGCACGCUAAAGAUGUGGGUUUACGGAGUCGCAGCAGGAGUGUUUGUUCUUCUUGUAUUCAUAGUCUCCAUGACAUACUUAGCAUGCAAAAAGCCAAAGAAACCACAGAGACGUCAGAUGAACAACAGACUGAAGCCCCUGACCCUGGCGUAUGACGGCGAUGCAGACAUGUAGAGGUCUGCAGACAUGUAGAGGUCUGCAGACAGGUAGAGGUCUGCAGACAGGUAGAGGUCUGCGUGAUGUCCCCGGGCUGCCGACAGGCUCCUCUCCCCCAGCGGCUCGGUACCUGGAGAAGACUGUGGACUCAUGUUGACAGGAAGAGCCACCUCAAGAAGCAAAACCGAGUCAAAAGCGAAUCCACGUCUGUCAGCAGCCGAGGGUUUUCCUUUCUUGUCUUUCAGUUGACGUUUUAUACUUUGUCUCACUGGAGCCUUUGCAAAGUUUUUUAUCUUCCUACUGAAGUCUGCCUUUGUUUCUCUGCCGUUUGCUACUGCCGGUCAAGUUGUCUUUCCAACUGGAGGCUGUUGGAGAGGGCCACGUAAACACAAGCGGCUCAGGGUAAAAGCACAACCCUGUGGGAGC